CCUAUACCAACACCCACGCAUAAGAUGGAGUCGAAGACGCCGUUCCAUCACAGAACCUGAAAUCCGACAUCGAAGGUCAGCGUAUCUCCGUCAAUACUACACAAAUCUUAGACGCCGCACGGACCCUACACAGCAAUACAUAGAUCAGCUAUAUGACAAAUACAACCAUGACACCCAAAAACCUACGCUACGCCAUGCAAAUUUUAAACUAAUGAAGAAAUACGACUCAGGUUUUGAAGAAGACCUAUCAACUGGUACAGGACAUGAAGGCAAAGAUGACGAAAACUACCCAACAGCUGUUUACACUGUUUACAACGUUCAUGGAGAACCUAUAGGACACAGACUAUAUUCUUACCAACCUGUAUACGAACCUGAAGAUGAUGAAAUAGUUGAUAACGUCAAUACAUCUGAGUACGAAGAUUCAGAUGAAUUUGAUGACCUCUCACAUGUCACAGUUUUAAAGGGAGGACUCUUUCCAGAUCAUAGAAACGAUAAUAGCAUUAACGCUGAAGAUAUAAACAAACUGAAACAUGAUUAUUUUGAACGAUACGUCGAUAAACGAAGAAAAAGGUUUUCAAAUGCAAAAACCAGCGAAGAAACUAAAAAAGAUAUAAAUUUAGAACUAGAAGCUGCCAGCACGCUUCAGGUGACUACAAGUACACCAGACAAAGCAAAAAAGUCCAGGAUUAAACGAUUUGUAAAUAUAGAAGAAUCUGAUAGGGAAAUAUGGACUACAAGUCCUGGCGCCGUAGGUGCGGAAUCAUCUGUAUCGACGAAUGAAGUUGAAAACGAUUUUUUAAAAGUGAUACCAUUAGAUUAUAAUACUCAUAAUGAGACUGAAAAGGAAUAUAAUAAGGAAUUGGCUCUAAUACCGCUACAGUAUAAUAAUACAAAUUCUACUGAGGUUGAUAAUAUUUUAGAUAAGCGAGACAAGAGGACGAGUAGAAAGACUGAUAGACUGAAUCAAACGACAGCUACUGUACCAAAAUCAGGCCGUGAAAGUAAAGGUAGGCUUCGGCAACAACAAACCGAUGGUACUGAAGAAGCAAGUUCAGAAACGAAAGAAAUCAUCGAAGGGGCAGCUCAAGGGAAUCAAACUGAGAAGGGCAAGAAGGGAAGACCGAAGAGCCCUUGCGAACCGAUAGAGAGCGAACCUUACGUGAACAUAGAGAUUGUGAAGUAUGGCCGAGACCCAAAUAAUACCUUCAGCUCUGGCACUAUCGUCAGAGUGGCUUGUGGUAAAGGCUACGGACUGAAUUUGGAACCAAACGCUACAGCCAAAUGUGUUCGGGGAAGGUGGAAGCCAGAGAAACCGAAGUGCGAAAUAUUGCCCUGUCACGUGCCUUCGACAGAAUAUGGGAUAUACACAAUGCCUUCCGACCCUGGCCAUCUGAUGACGGCCAGCCAAGUGCUAGGAUCAUCGGGACUUACUCAUGGAGAGGAGAAAGAAUUGAAUGAAACUGAUCCAGUACCCAAUGGGCAGGUCAUCCACUUCUCUUGUGAGUAUGGAUACAACGUGCAAGGCCCAACCAAUCUUCGCUGCUGGCUUGGGGAGUGGGCUGUUACAAGCAUGCCAGAAUGUGUGGCAGCUCCCUGUGAGCUCCCCCUCUUACACGGUGCGACUUACGAAGCGGGCUACCGAGCUGGUCUGACUGUAGCCCAUGCUUCGUCAGUGAACAUUGCGUGUGAAGCCGGUCGGUCGCCGCCUGCCACACUGAACUGCCACUUGGGGCGACUGCAGCCGACUGUGCAUGACUUCUGCCGGCCUUUAGCCAAUUUGUCCCGACCUCGACCAACAUCCGAGUACCAAAGCGGGUCUGACAUCGUCAGGGAAGACAUAUCGGAACUGGAACCUGAUUUAGAUGGGAAAACUGUCACAGAAUGUGGACCACCAGCUAGGGUCCAGGGAACUCUGAUAUAUCGGGAUGGAGCCGAAGUCAAUGGCACCAUGGGCAUGGAGGGAUACCCCCAUGGAACUGAAAUAACGUUCAGAUGCAUAGCAUCCAUUAUGGGUGAAAAAACAACAUGGAAGUUGAUAUGCGAACACGGAAACUGGGUCGGGAAAAGUUUCAAUUGUGAGGAGCUGGAAGCCCAAAGCGAGGAGUUGCUGAACAAUAACAGCUGCACGUUCAGGAAUGAAGAGCCUCAUGUCGUCUCUUUCUACAACGAUAUGCAGAUCACUGAGACGGUGGACUUCCCGGCUGGCGCUAUUAUUGUGUCCAGAUGCAGUGACAUUGGGAAGUACGCUAUGACGGGGUCACAAGAGCGCAAAUGCAUCGGCGGGUCGUGGGACGGCGCCAAGCCCACUUGCUUCGGACUCAACCAAGAGAACGAUUAUGCCAUGGAGAAGCCUCCGACGAUUCUCUUCAGGCACUCCCAAGGUCCCAUCGCGCAGACCAACGACGGGAAACUGCUGGUGUACCCUGGUACAGUGCUGCAUAUGGAGUGCCUCUGGAUGAGGAGGUUCGGGAACCCUAAGUGGAAUGUCACGCAUCAUUAUCCUGAUUCCGACCGCAAAUACACCGAAGGCUGGACCACGGAUCCUGGCAGGGACAGCCAGCUGGAGUAUCGCCUGAGCAUCUUGGGAGCUGUGAAGGAGGAUUCAGGAAUCUACCGCUGCGAGACCCCUGCCAGACAGAGUCACCACGUGGAGAUUAUUGUUGAGGAUGUCCACUGUCCGCCCCUGCCUAUAAGACGCGGGCUGGUCGCCAGUGGACUAGGCACGCGACUCGGCAUCGAGAUCCGGUUCCAUUGUGCCAAUGGAAACGCGCUGUUAGGUGCGCAUGCACUGACGUGUCGCGCAUCUGGCAACUGGAGCGCGCCUCUUCCUGUAUGCGAAAGCGUAGAAUGCGGGGACGUGGUCCACGACACACCGCUUCAUGAAGGGGAGAGGCGCCCCCGAGUGGCGGUAGUGUCACGUGGUGUAGGGGGCCGCGCGGCCUUCUCGUGCCCCCCGGGGUGGGCCCUCAGUGGGGCCGCCGAGACGGUCUGCUUACCAGCCGCGGACUGGGCCAGACCCUUCCCAGUUUGUAGAGAGGUAUCCUGCCCAGCACUGCCUCCACCAGCAUCAGGCUACGUCCUCGGCCGAGCCCCAUACAGGGCAGGGGACGUGUUACAGUUCCACUGCAACCCAGAGCACACGCUCCAUGGACGACCCAUCCUGGUGUGCCAGGACAGCGGCCGGUGGAGCGAUAAGCCGCCUACUUGUGCCCAAGCGUGCACGUACCCAGGCACCACCAUAUCCGGUCGCAUGUCCUCCGUCAAGUUCUACUAUAAGAUCGGGGAAACCGUCACCUUCACCUGCGAGCCAGGGUACAGGCUGAAAGGAGCGCCCAUGCUGAGGUGUUUGAAGAACAGAAAAUGGUCGAACGCGAUCCCGCUCUGCACUCCAAACUCAAACUUCACCACCUCAGAUUCCUUAGCGAUGUUGAACGGCGACAUCGACGCCAUGUUGUCUGACGCCGCCAUCUUGUCGUCUGACAGCUUGCGCACGCGCGAGACGCCCGCCAUGCUAACUCCAGAGAGCUACAAAUCCGCUAUGACGCGCGUCGCCGCAUCGCGUCUGCUGCGUCGAGCGCCCAUACAGUCAUACAAAAACAGGAUCUUUAGGGUCAACAGGCUGCUCAGGAGGGAUAAUGAGAGAUAAUUUUGGUCUAGGAAAAAAUGUUUUAUUGUGUAAAGUAAUUUACUUUUAGUUUUCGUUGCGUCCUCAUUUCUCUGACUAUUAAUUAAAAAAAAAUAAUACUCAAUCUAAUCUGGUCACGUUUUGAAAGCGGAUCAAAUGAAAAUCUUCUUCAUCUUAAAUAAAACAUCGACGCCAUGUUGUCUGACGCCGCCAUCUUGUCGUCUGACAGCUUACGCACGCGCGAGACGCCCGCCAUGCUAACUCCAGAGAGCUACAAAGCCGCUAUGACGCGCGUCGCCGCAUCGCGUCUGCUGCGUCGAGCGCCCAUACAGUCAUACAAAAACAGGAUCUUUAGGGUCAACAGGCUGCUCAGAAGGGAUAAUGAAAGAUAAUUUUGGUCUAGGAAAAAUUGUUUUAUUGUGUAAAGUAAUUUACUUUUAGUUUUCGUUGCGUCCUCAUUUCUAUUAAAAAAAAUAUACUCAAUCUUAU